CUCGGCCUAUCCUCUCGUUGAUCGCGUUCAAUGUCUUUCUUUAAUACUGGGUGGUAGUAAUUGCAACCAGACCUGUCGAUGCAUACAUUCUUUUCAUUACGUGACUUGAACAACCAGCCCAGAUAGGCAAGGCAAUGGACGGGAAGCCAUCAACAGCCUCAUCGCACUCCAGCGACACGGAAAAAGACAUCUCGUCCGAUAAGAGUCUCGUCCGAAUUGUCAAGGAAAACGAGAAUGCGCAGCCAGCGCUAUGGACGCCGCGAAUGUUCCGGCUCUAUGCGAUCCUGUCGCUUGGAUACUUGUGUAUUGUUUUGCAGGGGUACGAUGGCUCCCUAAUGGGCGCCAUCAAUGCCAUGCCUCAAUACCAACACUAUUUCGGACUCAAAUCUGCUAGUCCAUCCACUGGUCUGGUGUUCGCCAUCUUCAACAUUGGAAGCCUAGCGGCUUUUCCAUUUUCCGGCCCGGUAAAUGACCAUCUCGGGCGACGAUGUGGCAUUUUUGUCGGUUGCUGCUUCGUCAUCAUCGGCACCUGUGUUCAGGCGCCAGCCACUUCACAAGCCAUGUUUCUAGGGGGGCGUUUCUUGUGCGGAUUUGGCCAGGGCUUCGCAAACGUAUCAGCUCCCACCUAUGUAUCGGAAAUGGCUCACCCUCGCUGGCGAGGACCGCUUUCGGGUUUGCUGCAGACUAAUUUCUACGUCGGAAGUAUUGUGGCCUCAUGGGUCACAUAUGGCACCGCAUUUCUUGACGGAGAAAGCUCGUUUCGACUUCCACUCUGGCUUCAACUCGUCAGCUCGGGAAUUGUAGCCAUGGGCAUAUGGUUUAGCCCAGAAUCUCCUCGUUGGCUGAUGGCACAUAACCGACGUGAUGAAGCCGAGCGUGUGUUGGCUCGGCUCCAUGGCGAUGGUUUCGUUGGUCACGCUGAUGUCCAACUUCAACUUGCUGAGAUGGACAACCAGAUUUCCACAGCUGGCUCCGAUAAGCGUUGGUGGGAUUAUAAAGAGUUGUUUAACACUCGAUCAGCCCGUCGCCGCAUGAUUUGUGUUGUGGGAAUGUCAUGGUUUGGCCAGUAUUCCGGCAAUGCUCUCGUUAGCUACUACUUUCCGGUGAUUAUUGAGCAGACAGGCAUUACAAACCCUCACACCCAACUUCUAUUGAAUGCUUUGAACCCAGUUAUUUCUUGGAUUGCCGCGAUUUUAGGCGCAUUACUCUUGGAUCGCGUGGGUCGAAGGCCAUUCCUAUUGAGUGGCGUGCUGGGCAUGUCCAUGUGCUUAGCUGUCGUGACUGGAUGUACAAAACUCUCCGUCGACGAGACGAAUCAAGCCGCCGGGCAUGCUGGUAUAUUCUUUAUCUAUCUUUUUAGUGCCAUUUUUGCAUUGUGUCUAGUACCACUUCUGUCUUUCUACGUCGCAGAAACAUUACCUACGGAAACCCGUGCAAAAGGGACAGCUAUUGGCCAAGUCGUUGGAUCUGCAGCAUCCAUAUUGGGCCAAUACACGACAGCGGCCGCCAUCGCAUCCAUUGGGUAUUACUAUUACCUGGUCUUUAUUUUCUGGGAUUUGGUCGAAUUUACGAUUAUUUACUUCUUUUUCGUUGAGACAAAAGAGCGGACUCUUGAAGAACUGGCUGAGAUUUUUGAGGCACCUAACCCCGUCAAAAAAUCCCUAGAGAAAAGAUCACUGCAGACUGUAAGGCGGACUAUUGGGACCGAAAAUCCAGACUAGCCCGAGAUGAUAUUCCAAGACUAGCUUAGAUAUUACAAUAAAAUCGGGCCAUUUUGAGAAUCGCCAUGAUCC